AUGCACUGCGAGUGGAGGAUGAUAAGUGUGUCUGCUGAGCUCUGUUUGCUGGCAUGUUUAAUUCUGACUGUGGACUUGACUUUGGGUUUAGGGCCAAAGAAAGACAUGGAGUUCACAUUUCUAUUAUCUGCUGGCAGCACAGAGUGUUUUUACCAAACUACAGCAAAGAACGACAGCAUGGAAGUUGAAUACCAGGUGAUAGCUGGGUCAGGUCUGGAUGUUGGCUUUGCCCUCAUUUCACCCAGCGGACACCGGCUGGUCUCUGACUUCAGGAGAUCUGAUGGCAUUCACAUGGUGGACCUCACAGAGGUUGGAGACUACCGGUUAUGUUUCGACAACAGCUUUAGUAAACUCUCAGAGAAGAUGGUGUUCUUUGAGGUGAUUAUUAAUGGUCAGAGCAGUGCAGGCGGAGGUCAAAAUGAGUGGGCGGACGUGGCCACGACAGAGAGCAUGUUGGAGUAUAAACUGGAGGACAUUAGGACGAGGAUGGACUCUGUGUACCAGCGCCUGGACAGGAGCCGUCAGGUCCUCACUGUGCUGCGGGCCUUAGAGGCGAGGGACCGCUACCUUCUGGAGGACAACCUGUGGCAGGUGUCCUUCUGGUCCUGCCUCAACCUGCUUGUCAUGCUCACCGUCGCUGUCACUCAAAUCUACACCCUGCAACGCCUCUUCGAUGACACCAAGCGGGUCUGCACAUAG